AUGAGAGGUGAUCCGGACGAAGACCGCCAGUUCCGUCACCCAAGAAAGAAGAGUCAGAACCCCCUUCGACGUGGUGGUGCUGCGGCCAGGCCCAGACGAGAGGCAAUUGAGUCGCCUCCUCUCACCCUUCGGCCGUUUUCAGACCAGAACGAAAUCAUGGAUGUUUUACCCCCUUUCCGAGAGAUCGUGGAUGCAGUGCACUAUCUCAUCGGCCAUGAAUUUCAACUGAGCUUCAUCCCGAAAGCCCACCUCCUGCUUAGCCUCACUGGCGGGCGAGCUCCCAGCGCCUUUCUGCUUCUCGGCAUCCUCUGUCUAUCUGCACGCUAUACACCGUCUCUGGCCCAGAGGCACGGCUCACCCAACGCUGCUACCGAGGUAUACUUGGCGCAUGCACAAAGCAUUGCACAGGAUGCCAUUUGGGGAGGCCCUUGCUUGGACAAGUGCCAGGCGUUCUAUUUCAUCAGCAAAGCCCAGUUAUACAGCGGAAACAAAUCUGGAGCCCAUCAGAGCCUGGGAAUCGCCAUUCGAAUGGCUUUGGAGAUGGAUCUUCACCGGGAAGACACUUACCGCUUGACGGCCCCUACGAAAGACUUGGUCAUUGCACGAGAGUCCGCCCGCCGGACCUUCUGGAUGAUUUACAGUCAAGAGAGUCUCCUCUCUGGACCUUCAUCACCUGGCUCCCUUGAUCCCAAAUAUAUCACUGCUCUGCUUCCAUCGAGCGAGUAUGACUUCGCUGAAGGCUGGGAGCCCGCUUCUCGAGGGGCACUCGAAGGUACAGCGGCAGUCCGCAAGCAGUCCGUUCACGACCCUCGCAGAUCACUGUUUGCGACACUUCUUCAGGCCACCCAACUAUGGGUAACCAUUUCUCGGUGGUCACUCGCCGAGGAGGGACAUACCCCUUCCUGGGAACCAGAGAGCGACCACAUCAGACUGGCUCAGAAGCUUGACCACUGGGAGAGAACAUUGCACCAUGAGCACCAGUGGAGCCCAGCUCUGCUGAGACAGUACCAGAAGGAGAAAAGGGAUAUUGCAUAUACAGCUAUCUUCAUGUUCACCCGCAUUUGCAAAAUCCUGGUCCGCAGGCCAUAUCUCAAGAAAUUGAUGAACCCUAGUCCAAACACCACUGAAGAUUGGUCCCAAAUCACGAAACUCUUUGAAAGCACCCGAGAGCUCUACGAGCUGGUCGACCUACAAUUCUCGAACCGCAGUUGCGAGGGUGCAGGCUUUAUGUCUGACUUGUCGGCUUUUGCAGUCUACACUUGCGGCGCCAUGGCCGUGUACUUGUCUAAUCUCCCUGAAGUCUGCCCUGAACCUGCCAUCGCACGAGAGGGCCCGUCCAUGGUCAGGCGCACACUGGCCAUCCUAGACGCGUGCCAGUCCAUCUGGCCCCUUGCGGUCGUCGUCCUCUUCGUCCUUCGGGCUAGCCUCGCCUCAGGGCAGGCCGAUCCUGCCCGCGCUGUCCGGGUACCAGCCCCAGCCACCGCAGCAACUCACGGCCCUCCCGCCGACGCCGCGCGCCUCCUUCUCCACCGAGAGCGCCUGCAUCCCGGCACCGUGCUCCCCAGCGCCCUCGUCGGCCGGUUCCGGCGGUGCCGCCGCCCUCCCCCACCGGUCUCGACACCUUGCGUCCAGUCCGCUGCCGAGCCCUUCGCCUUCCUGCGCCGAGCCGGCCGGCAUGGCGACGACGCACCAGCAGCACCGACUACCACGCCAGCUGCAGCUUCCUUCAUCCUUCACACAGCCGCGGGCGCCCACGUCGUUGCUGACCCUGGUCAGCAACGACGGCUUCGAGCACGAGCUGCAGUUCUUCGUCAACAACAGCGCUCCGCCGGCCGUGACCACCCCUUCCUGGGGCAGGCUCUUUUCUGA